CUGCAGUGUCGCCGCAGUGUUGCACCAUUAUAUUCUCAGUAGAAAGCAAGUCGAAGAUACAUAUAUCAAGGAUUAUUACUACUGAAGCGCUUCGAAGAAAAAGGUAGGCAUAGCCAUAGUUGAUCGAUUAAUAGGACUUGCUACUCAAUCAGAAGGUAAAAGUUGUCACAAUUCAAAUAUUCAGAUAACGUUUGUCGUUAUAUUCAUGUGGGACAGUAUAAGAAACACUUUCGGAUGCAGACGUUUAUAUAACUCGGUGUGGAUGACACACCAAAACAUUCUAUGAAUUUAGUUUACGGAUUAGUACAUAGAACAUGUCGUAAAUGUGCUAAAGUAAGUGAAAAUAGCCAGAACUAAAAGUAUAUCAGAAGCAAAAUUGCACAUCUGCAUGUCUGCAUAUAUUUAGGCAUCGCCAUCGGGAAGAAGCAAUUGCAUGAAUGUCAAAGCUACAGCUUUGGCCAAGCCUGGAACCUAACGCUAAGAUAGAUAUCACACAGAUAUCACAACUAGUUACUGCUAUAGCCGAGAGAAAAGGCUGUAAUUAUAUUGGCACUCAAAUAACUGUUCUAACCUCAUGUUGUUAGUAUGAAGGGGUUUAUUACGUGAUUAGAUUAAUAGCAAAUUCCAGGAAACGGUCUACGGUGUGGAAACUACAUUUUAGAAAAUUCGAUUUUAAAUUGUACGAAAUUUAAUACCGAAACAUUUUCUUAGUUCUUAUAUAAACUACAAUGCUCUCUGUUUACCAAUAUUUUACACAAAGUCCGGUUGGCCCAGAAUACAUUAGCCAACAAAUAUUAAUGCUACGACACAAUUGUGUCAACACUCUGACACUAUCAGCAGACAGACUAUCUUCGACCGAUACAUGGUAGUUGGAGCUGGGAAGUGUAUGUUACAAACACUCCCAGACCAAGCUUAAGCUGCUAAAACCGGCUUUAACAGCAAACCGAAUGCUGCUUGUUAAAUUAAAAGCCUUGUAAGAACAAAGGACGCGAACCGUAAGACUAUUAGUUAAAUGUACCGGUACAUAACAGGUAGGCAAUUUUUCUGAGCAUGCGCGCAGAAAAUCAAUAUGGCGGCGUAUAUUAGGAGUGUUUCGUGGAUUUAUCUGGUUUUAAAGCUGAUAAAACAACAUUAUAAUGAACGAAAACUUUGUAAUAUUUGGUGGAAAGCAUUAAGCUGUGCAUGCCAAAGGUUUUAUAUUAAAAAUAAGUACUUUUGCUUUAUUUUUUUUGCUUUUUAUGAUGCUUUGAAAACAGGCAAGCUCAUAUUUUUUGAAAAAAUCUUAUCUAAUAUUUUACCCAUUAUUUGUUUAAUCUGAACAAAAAUAGAUAGAAUACUUGGCUAUAUAAGUUAUAAAGGUAUUGUUAGCUGAUCUGAAAGAUUUCAGUAUUUCAGGUACACAUUUUAACAAAGAAUAAAAUUAAAAAACAAUGGUUUUUAUUAGAACAACACAUAAUAAGUUGUUAUUUUCUAUUUUUACAAAAAACAAGUUUGAAAACAGGAUCUAGUCCUCCAGCUUGAUGUCAUAUUCCAUUUAUUUGGAUAUUUAAAUAAAGGAAUGUAAAAUAAUAGUUGAAACUUGACCAAAAUUUGAUACCAAGACUGGAGUGAAUAGAUACUAUCACCUAAAAAAUAAAAGAAAACAGAACUUAAAUUUAUCAUAUAAUGCUAUGAAAAAAUCUUAGAUAUUACAAGCAUAUAGUGAACACAACUCUUUAACAAAUUCACUAAAAUAAGUUAAGUUAUGCUACGGUAACAGGAUGGCAAAUGUUACCAUCUUCAGUGUCCAAAAAAAGUGCCGCGCGCAUUUUUCGUGGUCGCAUAACUGGCAUUGCCACAAACCCAGGUGAAAGAGAAAUUAGAAAAACCUGGUUUUGGGUGAUGAGCAUAGUCAAAUUCUUGACUUAUUCAAUUUUCUAAGUUUUUCCAGGAAAACAGAUCCAACAUUGAAAUAAUCCCCAUUCGGGACCCCAUAGGGUCCAAAAUAUUGUGUAUGGACCAGAUUUUUUUCAAUUUUCUGUGAUUUACAUAACACUAGUUAUAGUUUAAGGCUCAACAAGUAUUGUUCAAGACAUAUUUUCCUUCCAGAACACCUUUUCAAAAUACUAACCCAAGCAUGUCAAAAACAGUGUACAUUUACAAGGGAAAUUUCAACCUUUUGGCACAUUUUUCCCAUGAAUGAUUUUAAUUCUAAUAUAAAGACUAUAGAUAAAACUUUGAUUUGAAGCCAGUUUCAAGUGAUGAGCAUACCCUACAUUUUAAGCUAUACCUCCGAAAGAAGAUAGGUCAUCUCAACAUAAACAUUGAAAUAUGCGUAUACUGACAGCUCUGUCACACAUGCAUGUAGUUUGACAUUAGCAGACCUUCCGAAACAUUUUAAUGAAAGUAUAAUUCACAAAGUUCACAAUUUGACUUACUUCUUAACAUCUGUUUUAAUCCAACUAGCUCUGUAGGCACGAGCAAAAUUUAGUGUUGAUGUAAAUAUCCAUUUUGUUCAUGUUUCCCCGGUGAAAAUAUAGUCUAUUCCAAAGCUGAUUUCGACGUACUUUAGCUUUUCAGAAACUGUUGGCCUUCCUCAGUGAGAUUAUCAACUGUUUCACAAACAUAUUUGAUAGUAAACAGCUAAAAUAUUCUCCGAAAGUCUAUAUUUUUGCUCUUCGACGCGAAAAUGGAAACUCAAAAAGAAAUGAGCCGCUAUUUUUGGUCAGCGUCGACAAAUUGCCUACCUGUUCCGGUACAUGUACACGAGGGUUGACUUGACAUGUUUUAAUAAAUUAUCUACUGAAGCAUGUACGUAUACGAUAUACAAUAAACAAAUGCAAUUUAAAGUUAAUCUAAAUCACGACAAUAUUUCAGUCCUGUAACAGAACUUUUCGAAACUUCGAAUAUUAUUUAACUAAAUAUGUAUAAAACAAGUUUUAGAGUAUUUCACUUUGCGAAGGUCAUAUUAAAUAUGCAUAUUGGAUAAUAGCCUGUGUACAGACUGUAUUAAUUACGCUGUAAUACAGGUGGAAAUUCGUGGCAUUGCUUUCAGUACAUUCUGAUUGGCUGAGUUCAAAGGUCAACAAUGUUAUGUCAGGCUUUGAAUAACGUAGACAAAUCAUGUUACGCUCACGAAUUGCCCUUAUUUUCAACUUCUCGGUGCUUUUCAUUUGUUCAAUUAGAUAUCUUAAUCUGCUAUACAUCAGAAACAUUUUGCGUCGAAAAUUAAGUAGUUUGAAACAUAGAAAAAAAUAGAAAUUACGAUAAACAUCAAGUGUCAACAAAAUAUAAUCUCGAUUUUCAAAAUCAAUUGAUAUUUAAGACCAGCCAAUCAGAAUCCAUUAAGUUCAAUCAACUACCCAUAUCUGGGUAGCGCUGCUGGGGGUCGACGGGCAAUGUCACGAAUUUUCACAGACUGUAUUACAGCAUAAUACUGUCUGUAGACAUGCUACAUUGCUUGCAAUACUACUAGGCAAAUUGCGUCAAGUGUUGCACAUAGUGGAAGUAGCUUCUGUCAUAAUAGCAGUGGACUCUACUUUUGCGGUAACUUUUUCAGUAUAGCAGGUGGCACAUUGCAACGUUUAACAUAUCUUUGUGUGACUUGUCAGACUCGCAAUGCUUUCUUACUAAUGCUUUCUGGCAAUUUCGGUAUUUGUAAGGCGCUAUACUGUACUAUGGAACUAUGGAACUAUAGAAUUUAUUUCUGGGAACUUGCCACGAAAUUUUAUUGUGACAAUACCUCACAAUCAUCAACUCUCACAACAUAUGCAUUUUUGUUGGAAUAGACGACCGGCUAACAUUCUGAAAAAUAAACUCUGAUGCCGUUUUUUGUUACAAGCUGUCAACUGGCAUUUUCCUAUAGCUUACACUGACAUUGGUGAACAAGGAAGACUAUAUAUGUUGGCAACUCUGACUUUGGCAUGAAAAUUUCAGAAUUUUAAAAUUUUGCUAAUAAAGUAGUGUAUGCUGCCUAAACAUACAAAAUUUCAAUUUCACUUUCCACAAAAAAUAAUCUAUGCAAUUAGAAGGAUAGCAGGAAAGUGUAUAUAAACAUUUAAGCGAGUAGUGUAAGUUUUCAAGCCAGUUUUGAGUUAAAGGUGCUUAAAGUUGGAAAACUAGUAACUACUGUAUAUCGGCAUCAAUUGGCGCAUUUUCUUUAUUUCCGAGCUGUUAAAAGUUCACAAUUGGCUACGAAAAUCAUGCUACUCGCUUAAAUGUCUUAUAUACACUUUUUGGCUAACUUUCUAACGGUAUGGUUAUUUUUGUUAAAAGUAAAUUUGCAAUUUUGCAUUUUUCUCCGAUUAUAGUACUUUAUCAACAUGAGCUCCACCUUUGAAUUUACUAUAUGAGUAAAUUCUUAAUUAAACACGUCCGAAUUUAUCAUUAUGAUAAAUUCGCGGCACAUUUUGAAUUUAUCAAUAGAGUUAAUCAUAAAACCACAAGCAUUGCACAAGGUUUCCCGUUAUAAAUGUAACGGCACUAAAAAGGAGGCCGGUCGCGCAGGGGCGGGAAGUUUUCCAAAUUUCUUAAAAAUAUAGAUUUUAAAAAAGUUUUAAAAAGUUUUAAAAGAGUUUUGAAAAGCAUGAAAAGUUUAAAAAGUUAGAUUUUUAAAAAAUUUAAAAAAAUUUAAAAAGUUAAAAAAUUAGAGUUAGGGGUUAGUGGUUAGGGUUGGGGUUAGGGUUAGUGUUAGGUGCCGCGAAUUUAUUAUUAUGAUAAAUUCAAAAUUUGCCGCGAAUUUAUCAUAAUGAUAAAUUCGGACGUGUUUAAGAAUUUACUCAUAUAGUAAAUUCAAAGAUGGAGCUCAUGCUGUACUUUUUACAGGCUAAAUUUUAAAAUUCUCAAAUUUUCAUCUAUAAAACCAAAACUAGAGUUGCCAACAUGUCUAGUCUUGUUCGUUAAUGCAUAUACUCGCUCUACAAAAAUGCCAGUUGGCAGCUUGUAACAGAAAAUGCCAUCAAUGACAAAUUUUGCUGCACAUUUUCAGAAUUAUUUACAUGUGUCGAAUACAAUUCGUAUUGGAUUUUGGGUGUUUCCUGGAAUGACAUAAAGUUUGAGACAUUAAGACACGAAAAUCUCGUUUACUAAAAAUAUUAUUAACGUUAAAUAAAAUAGGCAACAUUUAAACAAUUUGCGAAGAUUGCACUCAAGACUGUUAGGGGUGCACAGGUGCAACUGAUUUAUUAAGCCAUAUAUAGUCAUAUGUUACUUAGCCAUCCCAAAAUAUGAGACAAUUAAAUUGGAUAUUUGCAUGCGUCUUCCCAUUCAUUUGCCGCAUGAAUCCCAGAAAGUAUACAAACACUAAAAUGAAUCUUGCAAGCAUCCAAUGCCAUACAAAUGCUGUACUGGAAGUCAUUGCGCUAUUUGCGCAUACAGUUAAAAUUUUCAACCCCCGAAGUACAGAACAAAUAUUGCGCCAAAAUACGGCAUCGCUAGAAAUCGCGGACAUUCGAAUCCCGAAACAUCCCUUAAAUCUUUGCCCCUUAUUACCCUUUCCUAUUCAAAAUACAUGUAUAACUAAAAGAUUACUAAAAGAUUACAAAAAGGAUUACAAAAUGUAAACAUACUAAACCGAUAUUACAAAAUCUAAACAAACAAAAAGUAGAAGAAAAGAGGUUUCGAAUGAUAUAUUUUGGGUCAUUUUUGACUAAAAAAUAAUCGGCAAACUGCGAAAUAUAAUUAGAACCUGAUGAUUGUGUGAGUGUCUACUAAACCAACGUUCGAUUUUAUGCAAACUUGGAAUGAAACGAAUAGUCAUUCAGAGCACAGAGUUCAGGUAGUUUUAAAUACUUUAUUCGAUAGUGACCAAACGGUAGGAGUGCGAAUGGGAAUUCAGGUCGCAUGCGAGGAACGCCUCAGAUUAAAGAUACAACAAGAGACGAUACACGUGGAAUAAAAUAUACAUAACUACAGACAUAAAUAAACACAUGCCGCCAACUCGAAAAGCUGAGAUUUCAUAAUGCUUAAAAAUUUAGUGAUAGCAAUAAUACCUUGAAGUGAUGUAAGGAACAAUUAAUAUAUUAAAUAAUCAAGCAAUAGUAUGCAUAUGAGCAAGUUCGAUGUAAUGACCAUGUACAGGCUAUGUCUACGUCAUAACAAGACAUUCAUAAAUGUAAAUAUCUUCUUGAUAAAAACUAGCUGAAUAUAGUUAGGCUACUUAUUUACACAAUUACGAAUAGGCUACGGUUGUGGCUUACGAAUGACACGUAAUCAAAAAUAUUCAAAUCAUAAUAUGCGUACAUAGCUUUAAAAAAGAAUGUUAAUUAAGUCCAUAAUCUCUCUAUCGUAAGAUAGCGGCAGAAGAUUAAGGGCCAACAAACGAUGUUUAUAUGUCGAGACCUCUCCUAUCUUUACUUGAAGGUAUGCGAACAAUCAUUUCGGCUACUAAUAUCUGCAAAUUAUUUGAAUUUUACCGUACAUUUUUAAGUUCAUCGAUUAUUAAGCCGUAGUAAGACUUAAUAAAACUAGUAGUAAGACUUAAUAAAACUAGUAGUAAGACUUAAUAUCACUAUAGUAAUAGAAGGGCCAUUCAGGGGUACCACGUGUUCUCGUUUUUUUAUGCAAAAAUAUGCAGUUUACUGGCCAGAAGGCGGAGCAGCCAGCCAGUACAGCGUGUUUAUUGGCCAGAAAAUGUCAUUGACUGGCUAGGAAAAUGGCGGCCAACAUGUGUAUAAAGGCAAUUUUCCAGUCCUCGCACGAAGCUCCUCGCAGCUCGCUGCGAGUGCUUGCAUCUAAUUAAAAUGAACGGUUUAGCAUUGUGACUGGAUGAAAGUGCUUAUGCAUCACUCGGAGCGAGCUGCGAGGAGCUUCGUGCGAGGACUGGAAAUCCGCCUUAUAAGCUAGUGCGACAUGCGCGAGGACAGAAACUUCAAAGCUUCUGACGCGAGUGGCCCUUCUGUAUGGAUCUUCAGUAUUCUGUGCAUGGGGACUGGGGUGAGAAUGAACGCUACAUUCCAAAUGUCCGCGAUUUCUAGCGAUGCUUGUUUGUGAAGUUCUACUAUAUAUAUGAAGUUCUAUUAUUUAUUGCGUUAAUUACUUGCAUUUCCCCUCUCUCUCGGGUGUAACUAACCGGACAGAAUAAACACUUAGCCCCUUCAUCUGUGAGUUCAGCCCGGAUCGAGCAUUUAAUAAUACAACUUAUUCAGCAGUGCAGGAUUGCUCUAAUUUAUCUAGGUUCAGUGAUGGCACAAUCAAUCAAGCGGAUUUCUCUUAUAACACUAGCGAUAGUGGAGCUGGUAAGUCAACGUAUCUGUUAUCGUAGCCGUUCAUUAAAUUGUUUCUACGUAUAAAAAAUGCCAUUGUCAUAACAUUUUUCCCGAAGUCUUGUCUACAAGGGACGGGGAUGUUUACAAACAUAUUUAAUCCCGCAUAGCCCCUCACUUUUAUUACUUGGAGCUCUAUAGUUCCCGACACUAACGCAGCUGGAGUUUAUGUUUCAUAAAUAAGUAAUGUUGUAUCAAGAAAUUUUAAGGGUGUUUGUUGCUUUGGGGGAACCUUUUCAAAUGAAUGCCUGGGGAAACGUGCCCCACCUCUCGGCGGCCUUGUCUGUUAUAAAACUAUACAUACAGAUACAGGGGAUGCUCAUUAAAAAAGUGGCCCUUCAUAAAAAUGGUAUAUCCUGUUCUUUGUCCCCAUUAAGUAGAGAAAUUCUUAACGAAGUUAUGUUUUUGAACUUGCAUAUUAAGUUUUGGUAUCUGUAAAUAAAAAAUGUAAAGGAUUAUAAAAAUAGAUUCGCUUAGAGGACGUAAAUCGGAAAUGUGCUAAAAUUAUCAAAUUCAUGUUUUUAUAUUCCGAACUUAAUCUCGAAAGUGGAAUGGCAUGCAUGUAGCUCCAGUAGCCGAUAUAACUGAUUCAUUUCUGUAUACAGUCGUUUCGUCAGGAUACUGAAUGGCUAGAAUGGAGUCAGUGAGGCAAAUAUUUUUGUAAUAACGAAGAUGCGCUUCCAAUCCACUAUUACUAACUUUUCAAUAAAACCAUUUCUACACAAUUUGAUGCAAACGUAUUUUUCUUGGCAACCUGGGUUUUUAAGCCAAUGGUUAGAAAAGUUUGAUUUUGUACUUUUCGUUCCCGAUCCGUGUGCGAAUCUGCCUGAAAGUUCUACCACAUACAGGUGUGAAAACAUACAAGAAAUUGAUCCAUCACAUCAGUCAGUCCCUCCCAAUUCAUUCACACCUUUGAGUGACUAAUGUAAAGUAAAUCACAUGAUAUACAAGUUAUUCAACGAUAUUAGCGAAUUUUCAACCCCCGCCAUCUUUAAUUGAGGGAAAAUUGUUUCUCUAAAACGAAUCAGCUUUUUUAAUCCUUGAUUUUAAAUUACUAGUUUUAUUCACACAUACACAAAACCAAACAAGUAAGUACAAAUAAUUAAUUUCUGCUUAUAUAGACUUCCUUUACUUAUGGUGACAAAGAACGGGGGGGGGGAGCACUUUUUAAUGGUCACCCCCUAAACCAUUUAUGGCUGUACUUCUAUUCUAUAUAUAUUUUUUAUCACAGGUUACUCUUUCAAUUGCUAUCGGGGCAGUUGGAUAUUUUAUUGAUGAGUCUAGUAACACAUUUGGUGAUAGCAGAAGUUCUCGUCAACUUAUCAUCGACGUAGGAACGUACGGGAGGCAUGAAUUUCUCUUGUCUGCUGCCGCUAUUGGAAUAUUCGCCGCCAUACUGUCAUUGGUGAUAGCAAUUGCAAAUAUUCAAGAGAAAACCCAUUGGGCAGUAAAUGUAAGUUUCUAUUCAAUAUAUUUUUGUACGGUGAAAGAAUUGACGUUGCUUAUAAUUCAGGUCAAAAUAAUCUCCAAUUAAGAGAAUGUGUUAUUAAUCAUACGUACUGUACUUGACAGUUGCGCGAGUUGGGCUUAUACUGAGCGGUUAGUCAACCUGUAUUCCCGUUAUAGAUUCACGUCUCGCUGUUUAGAAAUACCGACCCUAAUUCUUAUGCUGUUCGGAACAAAACAUCACGUCUUUGUUCUUCUGCUUUUGUUCAGAACGAAGUUCACGACAAAAAUUAUGGUUCUUUCUAAAUUUGUUCACUCCACUCAUCCAAUUGUAACUUAUAUACAUACGCUAAGAGUAAGUUAACAGCAGUUUCAGUAUGAUUAUACUAUGUUUAUUUGACGCAGAUGGUUACAGUUCAUGCAUUCUGUGCCUUACUCCUGUUGGUCUCUGCAUCACUCCUAGCAAAAACAACUAGGACAUAUGAGUCAGCAGAAGUAACUAACAUGUGCAAGAACUUGGAAAAGGCUUCUAGUCACGCACGAUGCUAUCAGUUGACCAUUGGUGUGGUGAGUACAUAAAUAAUUCACUAUAAAUACACAGUGAUCAACUUGACUAUGUUGUAUAAUAUAUAUAAUGUAUAUAAUGUAUAAUGUUUUGUAAUUACAAUACAAUAAUGUUUCCUGAUUUACAUUGUCUUUUACUGGUGUUUACAUCAGAAGCAAGGCAAUUGACAACUAGCGUAAUAGACUAAAUUUUCAUUUAGCAAAAAUUUCAUCAUAGCUUGAAAGAGCAUCACAAAAUUAGUAAUAUUCCAAAGUUUCGUUGCGAAAUGUUGUAAAAUGCGGAUAAUAUAGCCUUGCGAAAUUUGCAAUUUUCAGUCAUUUUAGAUUACAAACGGGAAAUUGACAGCCCCAUACCCUUUGGGGCUGUCAAUUUCCCGUUUGUAAUCUAAAAUGACUGAAUUUAGUCGAUUACGCAAAUGGUCAAUUGCAGGGUUUAAAAAAGUAUAUCGGAUCAUGGCACUAUUUCCCCAGAAAGAAAAAAAAAGGAAUUAUUAGAUAUUAAUUGUAAAAAUUAGAUAAAAGGGGAGAUUCAGAGGGAAAAAAUGUAGACAAUAGAAAAAAUGUUACCUGUGCUCUAGGUAUGACCUCAGAAGUGCAAUUAUAAGUGCUCUCGUCUUAAUGCAAUAGUGUAUAUUAAAUAUAUAGACUAUGGAAUUUUGUAUGACAAAUGCGUUUUUGGCCAUAUUCUGGAAAAUAAGGUUUUUAUCAUAAUAAUGGUUUCUAUCAUAACAAUAUCAGUGUUGCACAGUUACCGUGUCAAAGUGACGAUUUAUUGUAUUAUAUUCACAGAAAAUGUUGCAAUAAUCUCUUGCGUUUCCGGUAGAGCUUUGCGGUUCCAAAAAUUUUAUCUCGGUUCCGGGUUUUUUGGAACAGAAAAAUCUCGGUUCGGUUCGGUUUCGGUUAUUUUCAAAAAAGAAGAACAGUACAAAUGUAUGAACUCAUUUAUGUAUUUUUCGAGCAUUUUAACUAUAUAGAUGAAUUUAUAUGCCUUUGUAAGUUUGUAUAAAUCUCUGAAUAUUUUAAAAGAACAAUUGGAUCCGGAAUUUAUUCGGAGAAAGGAAAGCAUUUGCGAAGUCUAAAGUUCAUCAAUGAUCGCGAGCGUGGAUGACCAACCAUAGGUGGUCAUCCUCACUGAUAUCAAAUACAGCGGACUGUCAUGAAUAGCAAACACUGAUUGGUCCAAUUUAAAAUUUGCAUUAUAACGACUGCAUGAUGACAGCUAAAUAGAUUUAAUGAUUUUUUGCAAAUAUAUUUCAUAUUUGGAAGACUUUGUAAAUUUCAAAAGCUUUUUGAGUAAAAAGGCGAAAUAAUUGCUAUAGAAGGGAGCAAAUGCGCCGACAUUAACGAAAGUAAGUUUUAAAUAUUGGUGUAACUAUUGUUUGCUUUAUAUUAACUAAUUAAUUGCUUUAGAAGCUGAUCUUUUCGUAUAUUUUUAAUGAAAAAUAGAACAUAUAAUUUCAGUGUAUCUUCAUUGAUUACAAUUUUUAUUAUAUUAAAAUUUUUAAAUAAAAAAGAAACUAAGAAAGCAAAGUUAUUUGCAUACGGGAACUUGAAAUCAUUUUAUUUCAAACUCAAAAUUUAUCGAUAAAUUAAAGGCUGUUUAGUUUUUAAUAUAAAGAACAUUUUAAUUUUAAAACGUUUUGCGAAUCGUUUGUAUGUGGUUGAAUUCUAUUUCGUCAUCAGUUAUGUCACUAGGGAGUCACAUGAGAUAUGCAUGCGCAAAUCGAGUGUUCACUUUUGUACUUGUCGUUCAAAGUAUUCAGUUGCAAGUUUUAUUUAUGGAGAAUUUCGAUUCAGAAAAACCGACUGCCGAAGUAUAGUCCGUUCACAGUGAGGAAGACGACUUCUUUGCCGAAGUGGACAUCGACGGAUCCAACGAGAAUGACGACUAAUCGGCGAAACCAAGCAGUUUUCGACGGCAGUUAAACCAGUCUUUUACAUAUAAUGGUUGGCUCGAUCAUGGAAAGGUAGCUGAAAUGUUUCCACGAAGACAAGACACUUCCCGCGAAACGAAAGAAACCUCGCCUAGCUACGGAGACUUCUGGCCCUGAGGAGGUGGAAGAAAACCAGAGCAGCGACAAAGAUACGCGGGCACUUUCUGGCCCAUCAAAUGCCGAGUGCGGGCAGAAAGCUCUCGAACCACUAACGCUCAACUCGAUCAAAACACUGACAAUUACAAUGACUCAUUGCUGUCAGAAAUUGAUAAUGGUUUCUCUCAACAUGACGAUGUGGGCCCGGCUAUUACAGUUAAACUCGCUACCAUAAUCAAUAAGCGUUGGUCUGAAAAACUGAGCGAUCAAAAGCUGAAAGAAAAGCGGGAUAAAUACCCCCCCAGACAACUGUGACAGACUUGUGGCGCCACGCAUUAACCCAGAAGUCUGGGCGAGGAUAGACCACACUGCACAACAGUUCAUGGACCUUCGCCCAGCACAAACCAAUCUAAUCUGGCCAAAGCAGGAGUUGUUCUGGCAAAAUCAACCGACAAACUUUUGUUACUUUGUCAAAAAGACUCGAAGCCCGAGUGCCGGGUGCUUAUCACACUCAACACAGACGCCGUUGCUCUACUGGGACACGCGUCGUGUGAAAUGUCACAAUGAAGGCGGGAAACGCUAAAUCCGCAUCCUAACAAAGAAUACACGACCCUUCGCGCCUCGCAUGUUCCAGUUACAUCUCUCCUAUUUGGGAAUGACCUAUACGGGGUUAACUAAAAAAUAUACGAGCUACAAAUAAAGUUAGCAACACAAUAAGUGAUGCGAGAAAACAAUGAAAAAAUACACAACAAUGGCGACCACGAUCAGAUUACGACAAGAAUUUUUUAUCGAAGGGCCCCAGACAGCGCCAAAAACCGUUUCCACCAAGGAAACCAAACCUGUGGAAUUGAAGCCGAAAAAAUCAGUAACAAUCUCCAGCUGCAAUAUAAAUUCUCUCAGUCCUUUACAGGUGAGUAACCUCGCCUUAAAUAUUACAAAUAUGAAAUCAUAUUUUCAGACUAAUAUUAUAUCCAGAGGGUUCAAGUAUCAAAAACAUUGCCAAAUGGCAUGUGAUUACCUCUGAUCUAGAGGUUCUAGAUUCGGUUCAUGGACUUCACAUUGAAUUCUCGAUCGAAUCAUAUCAAAGCUAUACUCCUAAAACAUAUAUGUCAGACCACUCACCUUGCUGAAGUAGAUAAUAAAAUUGCAAAACUUCUGACAGAGGGUAUAACGGAAAAAUCACAGGGUCACCAAUCCUCCCCUUACAUUGAUGACUCAUUACUAACUGGUCAAACCAAUGAUGACUGUGCAGCUAAUGUGAUUGACACAACACAGCUCUUAGACAACUUGGGGUUUAUAGCUCACCCUGACAAAUCUGUCUUCAUCCCCACUCAAGAAUUAGACUAUCUUUGCUUUACACUGAGCUCCAAAACUAUGCAGGUGACUGUAACACCUGGAAAGAAGUUGAUAAAAGGAGUUCCAACUUGAAACAGGUAAGGAACUCCUUAAUAAAGAAUAUCCUACUAUCAGUGAGGUUGCUAGGGUAAUAGUCUAGCUCAUCUCAAAUUUUUCAGGUGUUGCAAUGAGACCACGAUAUUACAGACUUUCUGAUGCUGACAAAAUUGCAGCACUUAAACAUAACAAAGGGAAAUUUGAUACCACUAUGUAAUUCUCGGCUGAAGCCAUGAAAGAACUUGUGUGGUGAAUAGAUAACUUUGACACUGCAUUCAACUCAGUGCAUAGAGGGAAACCUUACAUAACCACACAGACAGAUGCUUCAAAAAUGGGAUAGGGAUAUGAAUUGGGUGACAAAACAACUGGUGGACUCUGGAUCCAAACUUAUAGUCUUACGAACACAUAAGUUACUUAGAAACACUAGCAGUUUUUCUGUCACUUAAAUCCUUUCGGCAUAUUCUAAGUGCAACCAUGUAAUAAUCAUUUUAGAUAGUACCACUGCUGAAAACAUCAUAAGAGAAAUGGGAACCAGCCAUAUUGCUAAAAUAAAUCACCUAGUAAAACAAAUUUGGCAGUGGUGUGAAAGUCAGAAAAUAUGGAUAACAAUGGCACACAUACCAGGGGUUGAAAACUGUCAAGCAGACUUUCAGUCUCGGUCUUUCAAUUGGGGGACUGAAUGGUGUCUUAAUAAAGACAUACUUACCUUGGCAUGCAACAUGCCCAGGUUUACCCAUGACAUUGAUUUAUUUGCUUCCAGAAUCAACCAUCAAUUCAAAACUACGUAGCAUUAGACCAGACCCUGAAGCAAUUGCCAUUAAUGCGUUUCACACGACAUGGAAUCAAUUUGCUUUCUAUGCUUUCCCAAGCGUCAAGAAUGCUAGUGAUCCCCUAUUGGCCAACACAUAUAUAGUGUGCGAAAGCAAUGAACAUGAUUGUCCAACAACCAAUUGUCUUGCUAAAAAGCAAGGAACUAUUAUUCCUCCCCAACCAACACAACGAGAUACACCCCAUGUACGCAAAGCUUUGCCUAUUGAUAUGCCACUUGUCGGGAAUCGGCUCAAAAAACAGGGAUUUUCGGAUACAGCUUCAAGAGUCAUCCAAAACUUUUGGCGAACAGGACAAAAAGCACUAUGCUUGCCACAUUAAGAGAUGGAUAUGCUACUGUAGUAAAAGUAUAUUAAUCCCAUUUGUCCUGAUGUGCGAGAUGGCAUUAAUUUUCUCGCAGAACUUCUGGUCUCAAGUGUCGGGUACAGUUCCUUCAACACUGCACGAUGUACACUUUCAUCAAUAACAAAUAUGUCUGGUCAUUUUAGGUUUGGUAUGCACACCCCCUAGUGUCCAGGUUCCUGAAAGGAGUUUUCACAGAGACCAAGUCUGCCGAGAUACCAAAUUAUAUGGGACAUGAGCAUAGUCUUAAAUCACCUUAAACAGUCUAAAAUUGCCGAAGAACUGUCACUGAAAGACUUAAUUCUAAAGCUUGUUAUGCAAAUGGCACUUUUGUCUGGGCAGCGAUGCUAGACUCUGCAAUCAUUAAGUAUUGACAUCAUGAAACUUGGUGAUGAUGAGUGUGUUUUCCACAUUAACAAACUACUAAAAACAACCAAACCUGGUUCUAAACCACUGAAACUGUGCUUUAAGGCUUUUUCUCUGGACAAACAAUUACGUGUCCUACAUUACCUGUUGGAUUAUAUACAACGCACAAAGGGAAUCAGGGGAAACACAAAACAGCUCCUUGUGGCUCACCAAAAGUCCCAUAAAGCGGUCUCAACAGAUACCAUAUCGAGGUGGAUAAAAACUGUCUUACAACAGGCGAGAGUUGACAUUUCUAUAUUUGAAGCUCACAGCACUAUAGAGCCGUCGCCACAUCAGCGGCAAACUCAAAUCAGAUACCUAUAAACAUUAUCAUGGCUAGUGCUGGUUGGUCAAGUGAAAAUACCUUUGCAAAGUUCUACAAAAAGCCCAUCAUUGACCAGGACACCAAUUUUGGUGAAACUUUAUUAAACUUUGUUUAUGUUAAUGUUUAAACUAACAUACUGUUAUAGAGACUGUGGCAUAUACCACACAAAUUUCUAGUUGUUACUACGUACGCAUUGGUUUUGGACUGUUAUACAAUAAAUCGUUGUUCCAGAACUUGCCUCAUGUGAAGUCUCAUGCGAGUUCCUAGUGACGUAACUGAUGACGAAAUAGAAUGUAAAAAUUAAACGAUACUUACCUGUAUGUUGAAGUUUGAUUGUAAUUCUAUGAGUUGUCAGUAUGGAACUAGCUAGGGAGUCACCCACCCAACAUACUGUGUGGCCAAAUUGAGCUGGCAAGCCCACCCUUGUCGGGUGCAAUCACUACUGCUUCAAAUAUGCUGAAUACUCGAUCUGCGCAUGCAUAUCGCAUGUGUAUCCCCAGUUCCUAGCUUACAGAUAACUCUUAGAAUUACAAUCAAACUUCAACAUACAGGUAAGUCCCGUUUAAUUUUUAAAUUUUACAUAUUAAAUUGAAGCUUAUAUUACGUACAAUAAUAUACAUAAAGAUAUUACUCGACUGUGAUGGUUGAUUUCAGUGCAGUUAAUCACAAACAGCAGUGCAAUUUGCUGUAAUCACAGUGCAAUUUUCUGUGAUCACAGUGCAAUUUUCUGUAACAAACUGAUCUGAUUGGUGCAACACGUCGGGCACGCGUGCUCGCAAAAGUUGCGAGAUGAUCGAAGUUCGUCAGCGGUAAUUUACUGAAUACUUAGUGUAAAUUAAAAUUUCUGACUUCCCGAUGAGACACGUAAUGGCUGCUAUUUUGCCAUUUGAAACUGUUCUAAAAGAAAUAUAUUUGAAUAACAAUGAUUCAGAAUUAUCCCCGAAUCGUCCGCUUUACUCCAGUAGCGACGAAGAAGAGCCAAGAUAUGAUUUCAUCGGAGAAGCUGUCAAUAUUUUCGCCACUUGUGAUGAGUUAGGUCAAAAUAAGGUGCAUUUUGCUCACGAAGCAAGGAAAUACUUGAAUGAACUCUACAGGCUGCAUGUCAAAGGAAGCGAAACUUUAACAAUGAGCCGUUCAUUGCUGAAUACUGGAGCCAUUUUCAAAGAUGAAGCUCGUACUUGGUUGGGUUAUAUUCACAGGAGGUUAAUCGCGAGGCCACGGAUACGAAAACCAUGGUAUUUUGAAUUUACAAGAGAUAUCCCCAAGGAAAUUUUCUUAGCACUCAAAGAUGCACUCAGGUCUACAAACAAUCCAAAUUUGCUGACCGACAUUAACAUGGAUGGCAAUCGGAAAGCCUUCGUUAUUAGUGUGACAUCACUGGCUCGUGUUGUAAGUUUAUUUACAGAAUUAACUGAAUUUAGCAAUAGAAAUGUUAAAUCAUAUCUUGCGAGGAAAGUGACCAGAUCGAAAGGCAUAGCAAAAGUCAUUGUUUCUGAUGUUAAGGAUUUUGCGUUGGUGUAUAAAUUUGCCAAAAGACAAUUAAGUAUUAACUGCCACUAUGGAUUCUGGAAUACUUAUGGUUUCCCUCAGCAUGACUAAACAGUCUAAAAUGUCAUGUCUUGAACAAGUAUUAUAUAUAGUUUUAUUUUAACCUGUUACUGUUUACAAAAUCUACGUACUGUAUGACAUCCUGCCUAGUCGAAAUGGCCUGAUUAUAUGAUAUGUCCACAUUCAGCACAAUUUUUGUAGCAGUGAUCCUGCUACCGAGUGGAAAUGAUACUGAACUGAAUUGCACAAGCCUCCAGGAUCCCGCAGAACAAGCUGUUGAUUAAUUCUGGCAAGCAAGGUCAUAUAAACAGGCCAUUAUAAGAUAUAACGUCCAGAGAAAUAGAAACAGUAGAAUAUUAUUGUUUAUUUAUAAGGCCACACAUUACACAAUCGAUGUAAUUAUUAUAUGUAUAAUAAUAACAUUGUUUAUGCAAGAACCUCAUGUAUAUUCAAAAAACUUUGCUUUGUUUAUUUGUAGCCCAUUGAGUCGCAUUGCACCUUGGUGCGCCCUACCUUAGUAUUUUACUCUAUCUAACGCCAGACGAUUUUACUCGUUAAGGGGAGAGCGCUGGCGUUUAAUGAGUUAACUGGCCUAUCUGACCAUGUCUAGUUAACCCAUUGAGUUCCAUUGCACCUUGAUGCACCCUACCUUAGUAUUUUACACUGUCUAACGCCAGAUGAUUUUACUCGUCAAGGGGAGAGCACUGGCGCUUAAUGGGGUAGUAUAUGUGAAACACCACGAAAUCUUGAUUAACCACUAAGUUUAUCUGUUUAACCAAACAUCUAAUUUUAUAUCUUGAUCAAACGCACUGUAAGUUUUGUCUAUUUAUCCGGUCCUCGCCUAUUUCCAGAUCGAAUAGAGAAGGGCUCAAAACAUUGAGAAUUUGUAUCAUUUAUAUAUCUUUCAUGUCAUCAGAUUAUUUACCGCUCCCUCUGUAGCAAUAAAAUUACAAAGUGAUACUGAGCAUGGCAUUAUAGUCAAUUGUAGUAAUGAAAUAUAUGUCCCUCAAGCCUUGGAAGGUACGUUAGGAAAAAUCUCUCGAGUAAACUUUUAUCAAAUCUUCCUUGACUUCCGGAUACAAUUAAUUAAUCACUAAUCGACCUGAAUGCUAUGCUACAGUAUCACUUAUAAUGAUAGAGAAAAGUAAUAGGUAAGCUGCCUUCUUACCAAUUUCAUCUUUUUGAUAUCUUUUAUCAGCACAAAUAAAAGAUGAUGGGAAAUGUACAAGUGCAAUGUACAAUGUAAAUGUACUAUAUUCACCCCAUGAUCAGUUCGUCAAUUACAUAGAUAUGACAUCGCCUUUAUCCCCCCCCUCUCCCCCCCCCCCUGCAUACAAAGAUUACAAUUUUAAUAAAUUUUUUGUUUAUUCCUGUUAAUAAAUACAUGUUUAAAAGAGUGAAUAGAAGUGUCACUUACAUCAUUUAUAAAAUAUACAAAAAUAUAUAUAUAUAUAUAAAUAUAUAUACAUAAUUAAAUAAAAAUAAUAUACAAAUAUAUUAUUAAUAACUUAACAACUUUCAAUAAAUACUUCAUAACAAAUAAUUUACAUGUUUAAAUAUGUAACAUUUUACCACUCAGAUAGGAAGUGAAUGACACUCACAUACAAAAGUUAUAACAAACAUUUGUCGACAGUUAACUUUCCUAGCUUACACGAUAACUCAAUUGACUUUCUGUAAGGGUGAGAACAAUAGCCACAAGAACUAACCCAACCUCCUUCCAACAGCCACACUCACAAAAACCAUCAAGACCAACCCUUUUAGGAACAUACUUUCCCUUGGAAACAGCAUAAUUACUUAAGUUAUACCCUCUUUCCCUUAGCCAUAUUAUAGAAAUGUACUCAUGGCGGAAAAUGAGCUGCCACCGAUUGCCAUAAGUGCUAUUUUUUGCAUAUCGGGAGAUUGCGAUAUGUUUUGCCUCACGCCCCUCCAUGGAGUUUACCGCAAGUCCCUUUCCGUACUUGGAUUUUACGUCUUGAGUAUGGACAGGUAUUACAUGACCUACAGUCCAUACAGUUGGGGUGACUUUGCCAAUAAAUAAAGCAUUUGCUCUGUAGUAAUUCAUACAAAAAUUAGUCAAAUCUUGAAUCUCACUAGCAGAGAUGGUCAUUCUACUAAACAAAGAAACCGAAUUCCUAAGUUGCAGGGCAAUAUAGGCAAAAACAUGUAUCCGAAACUUUUGUCUCAGUGUAUCUGCAGGUGAUUCCAGACACUCAGACACUAGGUACAUAAAAUUAUGGAGAAACAUCCUGGAAUCCCUCCCAGUGAACCUAUAAUUGAACUCUUUGCUUUUUGCCUUUGUCUCAUUGAACCAAUGAAUAAUUUUGUUUGCUAAACGAGAAAGCUGGCACUUAUGUUUCAACACAUAUAUAAACUUAUAAAAUGCAGAACUACUUGGUACCGCUUUAAAGUUGGAUAUAUUAUCACCAAGAGCAGAUUUACCAAUUGCUUCACAAAGCAUCUGCUUGUGAAUCAAUUGACAGGCAUUAUUCUUUACAUGCAAAGGGUCAGCAUGGGCCCUAUCAAUGAGCCUGCCAAUUGGUGGGUCAAACUCUUGCCUACUCUUACAUCCUGCAAUAAACGCUGUGACUUUGCUACGCGCAGUCUGCUCUGUUACUGGCUUUUUGGUCAACUUUGUUUUGAAAACGCGAACUUUGUUAGCUAUAGAUAAUCGUUGCUUAUAAUCCCACGGUUUCCAUGCAUUUGUGGGGGCUGGGCCAAAGGUUUUACUUACAUCAUGAACAUCAUCAUUGCAAACAUUGCCAAAAGUUGAAAAGUACUUUGCACUAUUUGGGAGCUCCCCUGCUAGAUAUGCCAACAUUUUCAUGUCAUUGGGAAGCUCUGCAAAUUUAAACUUGAUCACCAUAUUAUUAAUGUUAAAUGAAGCCUUUUCAAUGUCCUCAAUCUCUUUAGUUAUCAUUGAAAUAUACUUGGCAACUGCUGGGCUUGUUUCACUACAAUUGCUACCAAAGAUAAGGAAAUUUUCCUCGCUGCUUAAAAUCUUAUGACCGAUGUUGAGAAAGCUAACUAACCAAGCACAAGACUGGUCAAAUUUCCCAAAUGGGGCCCCAUCCCCACCAAUAGCAACCUGAAAGGUAUAAGGCUCAUUAAACCAAUCUAUAUCAGAUGCAGGUAAGGCAGAAAGAUAAAAUAGUGCCAACCUUGGAAGAAACUCAAUCAAUUUCCUAUAACAACCAUCCACCUUUUCUCCACACUCUAAAUCAUCACACAAAGUAUCGCGAACACUAUACAGCGUUCCUAUUUCAAUUUCAUUGAGCAUAGAGGCAAGCUUGUUGUAAGGAAGUAGUCUAGGCAGUGGGUUUGACAGAACUUUAAUACGAGUGGUUUUACUUUUUCCAUUUGGGUUUCUCAUCAUGGACAAACAUCUAUAGGUUGAUCUAUAUUUUCUCUUGCCCAUCACUCCUUUACUGUAAUAAACUGCAAUACUUCGGAGUUUAUUUGCCUCUGAUUGUUCAAAGUUAUCUGAAGCAGUCUUAAAUAUCACAGAAAAUACAUUAUUUUUAAAUUUCUUACUAGUCGACAUAAACUUGACAAGAACUUCCUGUGAGCACUUCUUUUCCACUGUAUCCAAAAGACCAACUGAAGUAGGUAAGGGAUUUUCGGGGGUUGCCCCAUGGAUUUCUGAAGCAGCAUCAAAUGUUUCUGUUCUUCGUCUUGCCAUUGCCUGUGCAGAUAACCCUGGUUUAUCAUUAGAACUUAGAACAGUUGGAUUAGCACAUCUUGCUUUUGCAUUUUUUUCAGAAAGGAAUGUCGUUUUCUUCUUUUUGGCAGGUGGAGUGAGCAAUUCAGGUUGGGGGUCUCCGCCGACUAUUUGUGUUUCUUCUGAGACCUCCUCAAUCUGCAGGAAAUGUAAAGUAAUAUUGUAAUAUAUGAUGUACAUGAUGUAAUAGUGACAGAUGAUUUUACUCGUCAUGAGGAGAGUCUUGCAACUUAAUGGGUUAAUUUACCAAUCUGCAAAUUUCUCCUUGUAAACCCAUUGAGCACUGAUGUCUCUAAUGCACCUGUCAUGACCCUUCUACUCUGUCUAAUACAAGACAACAUGCCAAGGGGAGUCAUGCAGCUUAAUGGCUUAAUUCCUGGUGGGUUAUUCAAUCUUAAUAUAAAGCAUAACUUCCUACUACUCGAAUCUUGGUAACAAUGUAAAUUUUUGUACAAAUGAGCCCUUAAUAUAAAUGUGAAAACUUUCUAUGAAGACCCUGAAUAGCAGUUUAUAAUAAAUUUGCCUAGAUACACCUCCCAAUAUGAAUGGGAAAAAAGCAUUUUACAUGCACUUACCCUGUAUAUAAGCCUGUCUAAUUUCGAUUUUUUCUUCGAAAGUGUCUUGUGUGCUAAUGCAGUCUCUUUUCUUAAGCGUUUCUUCUCUUGCAUAUAAGUGGCAACAUCAAAUCGACUGUACAAUUUAGCCUUUCUUCUUGCCAUAGUAAGUCAUAGGCUAGAAACUAAAAAUGGCGUAGUAAUGAAAACUAUGUUUCAAAUAAAGCCGUCAUAAGACGAAAUGACGCACGUAAUAAAAAUAAUAAAAACAUAGGAUUCUUACCUGAUAGUGUUUGGUUGAUAUAGAAAAUAUUUAGUAGCCAUUACACAAAUAUGAAUCAAGUUAUAUGAAGCCAAAUCCUCUCAAUUUUGACAACUCGGACUCGGAGUGGCAACACUGUCGAUAAUAGCUUUAAAUUUUCAGCACAAAAGUACCGAUAACAUUAAAGUAUUUGGUAUCAGAUUAAUCUUUGAGACUUCUAGAAUCCAACAAUGGCUGCCAAAUUUUACAUGAACGAAAAUUGCCCUGUUGCUAGGCACCCAAAGAUCAGCUUAAAACACAACAUGACUAGGGCCAAUUCCCUUGCUCGCGCGGCGCAAAAAUUCGAACACGCGCGUGCUUGCAACUUUCGCGGGCACGCGUGCCCGACGUGCAAAAUCAUUGUGUCAAAACAAAACAAACAUGGCGUCGCGCUACACAAAGUAAAAGUUACCUUCGCGUGGAAAAUAUGGCUUUUAACUUUAUUUUUAAAUGGAAAAGCAUGUACUUAAUCAAGACUAACAAAAAUUACAUAGUUGAGUGGAAUUUACAAGCUGUUAGCGCUGUAUAAUGUGAUAUAACAAAGCCAGGAAAACUUUGCCAGUGGAAUGUUCGCUAUAAACGCGUAAGUUAAAACUACAAUUGUCUCGAACAUUUUUAUGUAAAUUAUUAAUAAGUAAUAGCAUGGUUUGUCGUGAAAUUUGGACUGAACAUGCACUCGUGAGUUUUUCAAAGACCUCAAAUAGCACUCGUCCUUCGGACUCGUGCUAUUUUGAGGUCUUUGAAAAACUCACUCGUGCAUGUUAUAUCCAAAUUGCACUCGAAACCAUGCUAUUACUUAUACCAUGGAUUGUAGAAUAACUGGAGAGGAAACUUCUGACGUCAUUGACCUCAUCCUUGUCACAGAUGCGGUAAAUACAGAUACGGAAUCUCCCGUCGAAUUGUUUUGUGUCACACGGAAUUCGCACUUCCGACGAGCGCUGGCAAGUGUCGUUCUGAAAUUUAAUAAGGAAAGUAAUAGGAAAACGCCGUUCGAAACACGAAAAAUUGUUUUUUUUUAAAAUCUGCGCUACCGACGGCUAUUUUGGAAUGAAUUCUUCAAGAGUAACGGUAAGCGAUCACAUUUAUUGAUUGCCUUUUACUAAAAGUGUUAACAUAACAUUUUAUUUAGCAAAAGUUUGUUUUUUCCCUAUCUUCUCCUUAUUAAAAUCGUGAAAUACACUUGCUGGGAAUUUCAGAUGCUCAUGUAUAAAUAAUAAAACAGCGGAUGAUAUAAAUUUCUCAAAACAUAACUCUCGCAUAAAAAAAACCCAUGAAUACUUCUAUAAUAUGUAUAGUUUUAUUCCUCUCCAUUAUCAAAAUUUAAUAAAAUAGUGAAUUAAUAUAAUUUUAAAGUUUAUUUAAUCGGUGUGACAUAAUUUGCCGCGAGGUUUAUAACUGUAUUUACCUCAUCUGUGUCCUUGUUGAAAAACGUGACGUCACGCGUAUUGCGAAUAUUACCAAAGUUCUCGGCAUUUUUGUUGUUUUGCUAUAUUUUCCACUUUAAAAGGGUGAUAUUGAAGCAUAAACUGGUCUAAUUGUUUUAAAAACAUGCCUAAGCCACGACAAAGUAUUCAAGGUAAAUGUUUUUCGUCUUUGUUUUGUAUUUUUUUCAUUUGUAGCUACGAAAUUGGCGUCACAAAUUUUAAUAAAAUUUGCGAUGUAUUUUUCACUGUUUAGCGCUUGAAAUAUUUGCUAAAAUUGACUGGGAAUAUUUAAAGUUUUCAUUGUAGAGUGGCGUGGUUAUAUUUAAUAUUUGCUCUUUGACUAAAAUGUUUAGCUGUAUUAUUGCUAAACAUGCCGUUUUUGAGAAUUUGAUUUGCAACAUCCAACCACGCCAUCAGCCCAUUGAAAACAUUAGGUCACGUCAGCUAGUUUCCUAUCCAAGGCCUGCUCUGGGACCUUAACUCGCCGCGAGAUAAGGCGAGCCUAUGCGAGUUAAGGCGAGAUAGGGCGAGUUAAGGAAAAAUCUGGCUACUGACCCUUGCGAGUUAAGGCGAGAUAAGGCGAGUUAAGGAAAAAUCUGGAUAUCUAUGUAUUUUGCUUUGUUUGUGCAUUAUGCAAAGCAAGUAUGCUGUACUUGAAGUAGCAGGCCUAGAAAAGUGUUUUAUUCUAUAUUCUACAAUACAUACAUGAUAUGCACAAUAACUCGGGACCUGGAAACAAGUUGCAUCAAAACGAGGCUGGUAGCCAGAUGCCAAAUUGUAUAAUUUGAGGCAUUAUGCAUAGUGUGUAUAGAACUGCAUUGUUUCCUAAAUCUUCACAGUAUCAGUUGCUAACUUGCUAUGACUAGCUUCACCACAUAUUUUGUAAUUUUUAGCUGUUUUCAUGAAUCAUGACAUCAAUUAGGUUCGAAUUUGUUUGCAAGCAGCAGUCCUUGUAUUCAAUUUUUAAUUUAAUUUAAUAUAAACAUUGAUAUGAAACAAAGAGAAACUAAAAAGCUUGCUAGGAAAUUAUAGAUUAUUUACUAUUAAAUUUAGCACUUUAAUAACUAUUUUAAUUAACGAAAUUUCGAACCACAAUGAUAUAUUAAAUGAUAACCAACGGUCAUAAUACUAAAAUUAAUGCCCAACUUACUUGCUUUGGAAACGUAAAUGAAUGUAAAUGACAAUGAUUCCUCUGUAUAAAACUGUAUUAUUGUUUAAUAAUAUAUAUUCCUAUUUCCUAUCAAGCUUUUAUAUUCAGAAUUCACUGCUUCUCAUUAACACUAACACUAAGUAUUGCAAGCAGAUUGUAAUUUUUCCGCUGAAGGGAGCAAUAUUUUCAAUAUCUGUUCCCAGACAGCAUCCCGCCCCCCCCUGGUAAACGGAAUCUUCCUUCCCAUCAUCGCGGUAAUUCCUCUGUGGUCGGAGGGGGGGGGGGGAUCUACGCAUCUAUAAGUCAGAAUCAUUCGAUUCCGCAAACGCAAUAAGUAUAGGUUAUUUUGAGGCAACGAGGGGAUAAGUGAUCUGCAUAUUAGUAUAUAUGGGAAUAUUAAUUUUCAACCAUACUUGGCAGUUUGGGUUCUGUUAUUAUGUUCAAUUAUUUUCACUGUGAUUUAUUAAAUACUGGGUAUUACUGUAUAUAGUAUGCCUGCUAAGGCCUGCUUACUGUAUUAAAGUAGAGUAGUUGGUGGAAUUAUUUGAUCAAUACAGCUUUAUGGCAUUACAGAGAAUCUAGUAAAUUAAAAAUAUGAUAACAUUUCAGAUAAUCAGGCUUACAUACUUGUAUGUUGAUGUCAGUUGCAAUGCCAAACUCAUAGAAUAUAUAAGUGAGUAUUGUGAGUCUAAAGAAUUUUGAUUGACAGUAUUUGUGUUUUACUGACGUGAAACUGUGCCGGGUUUUAUUGCAAAAUAGGGCGAGUUAAGCAAAAUUCUGUCAACUUCUCAUUGCGAGAUAAGGCGAGAUUGGGCGAGUUAAGCAAAAUUCGAUCAAUUUCUAUUGCGAGAUAGGGCGAGAUAAGGCGAGUUAGGGCGAGUUAAGGCGAGUUAAGGCGAGUUAAGGUCCCAGAGUAGGCCUUAUCCAUUUAUUUUAUUAUCCAUACAUAUACUAAUAAGUAAACAAACCUAACAAAGAUGUGUACGUGUUUGGGAAGUUGAUAAUUUUGUAAUUAAAACAUAGGCGGCCCAUUAAAUGUUGUUAAUUUACAUAAAUACAGCAGUACAAAUCGUGAAAGAAAGUCAGAAUAUCUCAAAUUAGCGAAAUGUAGCUUAUAGACCCAUUGCACAUGACGUCACAGCGCCGGUGACGAUGUAUCUGGAGGGCAAAUUAGCAAUUUAAGCAUAAUAUAACUUUUUUAAACAAAGCAAAUUUUGUAAAACUUUCUAAUAAUUUUGUAUUAAAAUGGUUAAUUUUUGCGCUGCAUGUAGUUGUUGUACCCGAACAGAUAUUGUUGGCGAGCAUCUGGAGGACACUCUAAGGAUUUGUGACGUCAGUGCAAUGGGUCUAUUAAAGACAGGAUUAAAGAUAAUCACUUCGGAUUGUAGAUAAUCGCUAUGACGUAGAUAAAUGAUAUCCUAUAACAGGAUGGGCUUCCAGUAUUUAUGUAAAUUAACAACAUUUAAUUGCCCUCCUAUGACUGAAAGUGAUAUUUUUAGGUGAUUUUUCAAUUGUAAGAAUAUUCUUAAGUGAAAUUAUCGUGUUAAACAACUAGCCUGCUUUAAAUACUCCAUGUUCGGAAAAUACAAUGGUUUUGUCAGCAAGGCGAGGGUUUCUGCAUGCAUGUAUUUUCUAGUUAUUUAUAAAAUCAACAUUCAGUCUGAAAAUUAUUUAUAGCAUAAUUACUAGUACGUGUCAGAUUUGAUUGAUGUGUUGUCGGCAGUCCCUCCUUUCCUUUCGCAUGCCCGGUCAUCUAAACCCACGGAAAGGAGGGACCGCUCGCAGUCUAGCAUCCCGCUAAAAAGGUGCUAAUCCAUCCGCAACCGAUUCAAUUCUUUCUUAAAUAUAUUAACACUAACAAUACUGAAAUCCCCAUACAUGAGAGAUGGUAAGUAUUUUUGUUCGUCCGCAAAUGGGAUACGCAUGCAUGCAUUUUGUUGUUGGUUUCUCCACGUCUAACACCCCUGUGUUAAUAAUGGUGGGUCUCUAAAAAUAAUAGUUUCCUGUGGCUGUCUUACAAUGUUAUUUUAUUCACACAGGUAUUUGGUUUUGUUUCUAUGGCGCUGUUUAUUGCAGACACCAUUAUUUACAUCUCCAUUUUGAUGCGAAACGUGGGAAUCAGUUUCGUGAACAUGGAAAAUGUUACAUCAUAAGAAACUUGACAAGAGAGAAUCAAAACUUCCGUUGGUUUAAAGACUAAACUGUUUUUGUUUGACGUAUACGUAGCUUUGAUAGAUCACACACGCAGUUCAUGCAUGUAUAUGUAUUCAUGGCCAUGUUUAUACAGGGUGUCCCGAAAAAAAGCAAUUGCCAAUAGGUUCCAGAUUUUUACGCAGCUAAUUAUUAGUGGGUAUUAAAAAUUUUAUUUAUAUAAGAGAUGAAUUUUUACUCUACGAAUAAAAAUUAAUCCGUCAGAACCAAUGUUAUGGCUGUUUUAAAUAUAAAGUCUAUAGCUCACCCAUGCAAUGGGCCACUGAAAUCAUGCAUCAAUUGUGUAAAGUAUCUGAUAGGUUUGAAGACCUCUAAUUUUAAAACAAGUAUAACAUUGGUUCUAUUAGAACAAUCGUGACAGUCUUAGCUUCAAAAUUCAACUCUUAUUUUAAAUUGUUGAUGCUCAUUAAUAGCUAUAUUGCCGUACGAAAUUUUGCAACGUAGCUAUGGCAUUUUUUCGGGACACCUAUAGCUGUAUAGUAGAGCAUAUGUGCACAUGCGGUUUUUUUUAAAUUAAAUUUUUGUUUGCGUUCUAUAUAGCAUGCAGCUCUUAUAAAUAGAUUAGUGGACUGAUGAGGGAUAUUUCUCCAACAGUGUUUUCCGUAAUAUAUAGUCAUGAGAAAUA